AUGGCGCAACAAGGAGCCCGUGGUAGUGGUCGCAGUGGUAGUCACAUUGGUGGUUGUGAUGUUGGAGAUAGAAAUGCAUCUCAAUCACACAAUGAUGUAGAAAGUCAACCUUCUUCUUCUUCAGUUAGAGGAUCAAACAUCUUGGAACAAGUUCCAAGUAACCCAUCAAAAAGGAAGUUCAUUGAAGUCGAUUCUGAAAAGCAAUUAACGGAUCAGAUUUCAGUGAUCAGAGCCAUCACAUGUAUACUGAAGAUGAUGUUUGACGGCCCAUGGACCUCAUUGGAAGAAGAGACUGAUGUUCUUGCUCGCAAGGUAUGGGAAGACUGUAUGAAGAACCGAUUUCCUGACAUAAUGCGAAGAGCACGUGAAGCAUCUUUAGAACUUGCCAAAGCUGCAAAUGUGAAUGCCUCAGUAGAAGAUGGAUCUGUUUCCAAACAUAUCAGGGGUUCUAUAUCUAUUCGUCAACAUAAGAAAAGAAUGCAAGCAAUGCUUAAACGCCCUCCUACAGGAGUUGAACUUUAUGCAAGGUUGCACAUUAAACAGUCUACUCAAGAGUACAUUACAGCAAAGGCAGCUAAAGUUAAGGAGGCUUAUGAAAGUGCUAUGGUGGCUAAGUUUGGUGAUGAUACGAGUUUCCACCCCCUCUUGGAUAAUGAAACAUGGUGUGAUGUUUCCGAAGGAGUCAAGAAAGGAAGAAUAUAUGGAUUCGGAUCCGCGUCUGAUCCAGCGAGCUUUUUGGAAGUAACAUCUAGUACAAUAACAUCCCAAGAGGUUGUCUAUGAACGUGUACGAAACGAGAUGCAUGGUGAAAUGGAUGCUAAAGUUGCAGAAAUGGAGCUAAACAUCAACAAAUGCGUGAGAAAAUGGAUGCCAAAGCUGCAGCAAUAGAUGCCAAACAACAACAAAUUGAUGCAAAAUAUGAAGCAAUGGAGAAGAUGUAUGCAGUCUUGCAAAAUAUGAUGGGAAAUUGAAAAUUAGAGGUAAUAUGAUGUUGACCAUUAGUAUUUGAUGUUUUUGAAUGACUUGAAUGAGAACCGAAGAUGAUUGAUGGACAUGAAAUGAAGAGAGCAGCUAAAAUGUUAUUUUGAAAGUUAAACUUUUUUCUAUUUGUACCUCUUUUGCAUACUUUGGAUUUCUUGGUGCUAAAAUGUUAUUUUGAAGUUAAACCAUUGGGAGUUUAAUGUUAUAUGGAUAGUUUCGUUUUUGGAUGUGUUUUGAAUGACACUUUGGUAAACUUUGAUAGUUUUGGUAUUGUAAUGCUUGGUUGUAUCAUUAUUUGAUGUUCUUUAGUAUAAUAAUUUGAUGAUUGUAG